AUGAACCACAGUAAAGCCUCAACAUCAUUAAUGAUGGCAGCAUCUGCGGAUGGUGUACUUCUCCCUUGUUAUGUGGUGUACAAAGCAAAACAUUUGUACGAAUCUUGGAUUGAGCAGGGGCCAAAGGGGUGUCGAUACAAUUGUACCUCGUCUGGAUGGUUUGACAGUAACACUUUUGAGGAUUGGGUUCGUACCAUCGCAUUAUCAUAUUUUAAUGGCAAAGACGGAAAGAAGAUUCUCAUUGGAGAUAAUCUUUCAUCCCAUUUAUCUUUGGAUUUGAUACGAGAAUGCAAAGAAAAAAACGUGCAUUUCAUUUUCCUUCCUCCAAAUUCAACACACUUGACGCAGCCUCUAGAUGUUGCAUUCUUUAGACCCACCAAAGGAGCCUGGAGAGAUAUUUUAUUUUUGUGGAAAAAAACUGAAGGCCGAACUUUGCCGUCCAUUCCCAAAAGUGUUUUUCCCAGUCUACUGAAAAAAUUGAUCGGUCGCAUAGAAGGUCAAGCUAGGUCUAAUAUAUUGGCAGGGUUUAUGAAAACUGGCAUAAGUCCAUUAAAUAUAAAAAAAGUUCUCGAAAGAUUACCAGGAAAUAUUGUUCGUGAUGAGGAAAACUUCCGUAAAGAUGCUAUUGAUGACACAGUUAUUGCCAUGUUAAAAGAAAUGCGAUAUGGCAAUAAUAAUAACAAAUUGUCUUAUAGAGGAAAAAAAUUGAAGUAA